AAUCGUCAACCUGUCAACCUUCUCUCAGUGCAUACUGGGAACUAUAGUUUUUAUGAAGUUUCCCUUUGGUGGACGCUCCCAUUCCCCAACGUGUACUUCAAUGUGAAUUUGUGGGCGUGAGUGAAUGCUGCUGCCAGAGAACAGAAGGACUAUGGAGCUUUAGCUGGGAGUUUGCAGUGGGCAGAGGAAGUGGGGCCGUCUGAAACAACAAGGAAGCCCAGGACGAAAAAGCAAGGGAGGCUGCUCUUCGUUACUGCGAAGGGUUUCCUUUUCCUGCGAAGGGUUUCACCCUUCUCUCUUUCUGUGCCUAAGCAGUAUGCUGUUCCCUGCCUGCAACGUUUCCCGACAAGCACACCGUUGGUUGUAUGCUUUGAAAUUGGCAAAAGAAAGUGGCUUCCUGCCCGUGUGUGUAGCAAGAUGGGCUGCUUCUGCCCCAGUGCCUCGUAUCACCACUCACUAUACCAUUCACUCCCGGGACAAAGACAAACGAUGGGAAGGGGUGAGCAUGGAAAGAUUUGCGGAAGAAGCUGAUGUUGUUAUAGUUGGAGCAGGGCCCGCAGGUCUCUCUGCGGCAAUUCGGCUCAAACAGCUAGCUAGUGAACAUGGCAAAGAAAUCCGUGUUUGCCUGGUGGAGAAAGGAGCUCAGAUUGGAGCGCACAUACUUUCUGGGGCUUGCCUUGAACCACGUGCUUUGGAAGAACUUUUUCCAGAUUGGAAAGAACGAGGGGCUCCACUUCAUACUUCAGUAACAGAAGAUAAAUUUGGAAUAUUAACAAAGAGCUCUAGAAUUCCAGUUCCUAUUCUUCCAGGCCUUCCAAUGACUAAUCAUGGGAAUUACAUAGUUCGCUUAGGACACUUUGUGAGCUGGCUGGGUGAACAAGCAGAAGCGCUGGGUGUUGAAAUAUACCCAGGCUAUGCAGCAGCUGAGGUUCUUUUCCAUGAAGAUGGCAGUGUAAAAGGGGUUGCCACCAACGAUGUUGGAAUCCAAAAGGAUGGGGGACCUAAGGCUACAUUUGAAAGAGGCUUGGAACUGCACGCCAGAAUCACGGUGUUUGCAGAAGGUUGUCAUGGACAUCUUGCAAAGCAGUUGUACAACAAGUACAACCUGAGGGAAAACUGCCAACCCCAGACCUAUGGCAUUGGACUUAAGGAGUUGUGGCUUAUUGAUGAAAAGAAAUGGAAAUCAGGAAGAGUAGAGCACACUGUAGGUUGGCCAUUGGAUAGACAUACAUAUGGAGGAUCCUUUCUUUAUCAUCUUAAUGAGGGCGAACCACUAGUAGCCUUAGGGUUUGUGGUUGGCUUGGAUUAUCAAAAUCCUUUCUUGAGCCCAUUUAAGGAAUUCCAGAGGUGGAAGCAUCACCCUAGUGUAAAGCCUACUUUGGAAGGUGGAAAAAGGAUUGCUUAUGGUGCCCGAGCUCUGAAUGAAGGUGGCUUCCAGUCUAUACCCAAACUCACCUUUCCUGGUGGAGUCCUUAUUGGCUGCAGUCCAGGUUUCAUGAAUGUUCCUAAGAUUAAAGGCACGCACACUGCAAUGAAAAGUGGCAUGCUGGCUUCAGAAGCCAUUUUCAGCCAACUAACUAAUGAAAAUCUCCAAUCAAAAACAAUAGGUCUUAAUGUGCCUGAAUAUGAAGAUAAUUUGAAGAAGUCAUGGGUAUGGAAAGAGCUCUAUGCUGUCCGGAACAUCCGUCCAUCUUGUCAUGGUGUCCUGGGAGUGUAUGGAGGAAUGAUUUACACUGGCAUUUUCUAUUGGAUACUAAGGGGAAUGGAGCCUUGGACACUAAAACACCCAGGAACAGAUGCAUCACAGCUAAAGCCAGCCAAGGACUGCACACCUAUUGAAUACCCCAAACCUGAUGGAAAACUCAGUUUUGACUUGCUUUCAUCAGUGGCUCUAAGCGGUACAAAUCAUGAACAUGACCAGCCACCUCACUUAACGCUGAAGGAUGAUAGUGUUCCUGUCAACAAAAACCUAGCUAUCUAUGAUGGACCUGAGCAACGAUUCUGCCCUGCAGGUGUAUAUGAAUAUGUUCCUGUGGAAACUGGAGAAGGACUGCGGUUACAGAUAAAUGCUCAGAACUGUGUCCACUGCAAGACAUGUGAUAUUAAGGAUCCCAGCCAAAAUAUUAACUGGGUCGUACCUGAAGGUGGAGGAGGACCAGCUUAUAAUGGGAUGUAGCCUUGAUCAAAACUGACUGGCAGAACAUCCUUGACUAUGCUGCAGAACGAUUCAGGAUUUUGCCACCCUUGAAAAGGAAAUGUCUGAAUGGUUCUCCUGAGGCUAGCAUUGGCUGAACUUGUCUGGUGCCUUAAGUAGUAGAUACCGUAAAAAGGCACACUCAGGUAAAGCAAAAUGUACCAGAGAACAUGGAGUGAGAAUGACUUGACUACAUUCGUCUGACCUAUCAGAUCUUUCUUGAAUUCAGUACUAAUGAUGGAUGUAGCCCAGUCAAGGAUAUGAAACUUCAGAGCAAUUUUGGGUAGAUGUGGCCUGGUAUAACUGAUUCUGUUUAAUAAAUGAUGCAUUCAGUAUACGAUGCUUAAAAAUUGUUUAUUUAACACCACUUAACAGCAUUUGAAAUCUGCAGUAAUUGCCUGCUGAACUAAAUCUCAGGUAUGUUACUGAACAUUGUCCAAAUUCCUUGCACUUGAUCAUUAUUAAGUUUCAUUUUGUAGCUGCUCUUACACUUUUAGCAUAUUAUUUCCAUUAAGUGCCUUCUUAAUGAACUUAAUGAUGAAACUAGUUUGAAAGAAUAUAUGUCGUUUCAAGAAAACUCAUGGUGUAAACAUGGAAAAUAGCAUCAGUAUUACACACUAUCCAUACUAAUUCUGCAUCUUUUGUCAGUGCACAACUUAAAAAGGGAAAACAAUAUCAACCUAAGCAAACAUCUUUGCAUAAACUGCCUUCUCCUUUUCCUUCUCUGUCUUUAUCUUCUGCUUCACUUUCUGUAUUUCCAUUUGGAUAGCUGUUGGAGGUAAGUUGGCUGUAGUUAGAUUUAUUCUGUUAUGCAAAUGAAAGCUUGCAUUUUUCCAAAUUUUACCUGUCUAGAGUACAAACUUCACCUCUUCAACUGCUUUAGAUAUACUUUCCCCUUUGCAUCAUUAGAAAUUAAUUGCUUUAAAAGUAAAGGAGGAAGCAGUUAAUAUAGUCCUCUUUAAUGUGAGUUGCACAUUAUGGUAGCUAACAUGCUCUUUCUCAGCAAUGCCUCCCCCCACCAAUUAUUGCAUUCUGGGGGAGGGGGGACUAUUCUGCAUUCUGUAAAAAUAAGAACUGCACACUUGGGUAAAGAUUCUGGCUUAGUACCAAGAAAAUGUUUCCAGUCUUCAGUAGAAGUAGUCUAGCUCACCAAUAGUGCUACAUAACCUGUGUUGCUAGAUAAAAGUCAACCAGAAAUGUUACCUUUGUCUUGAGGUGCUAUGCUUUGAGCCUUCUGCAGAUCAGCCUUUAAGGAAAAACAAGAAGACAAAUAAGGGACUUAUAAGCAAGUCUCUUGUCUUGCUAUAAUAUCUUGCAUAUUUCAGUGUAAAGUAAUAUCUUGUACACAUCUUGCAGUUUUAGCCAAAACAAAUACUAAUAUUUACCAAUGCCUGAU